AUGGAUAUUCUGGGAGUAACUGUUGAACGCUGGGAUGCGAUACGCGACGUGUUUACGGCCAUCACCCAAUUCGGAUCACACUCUGAAGAACGACUCUUCACGUUCCUUUCUCAGUUCGUCAAAGUUUCGGUAAAGGGCUUGUUUGACAGCUUUGUUCGUCUGCUAACCAUUAUCCUAACCCGUUUACUUGACCGAAGCCCUAUCCUAACGUACGAGCUUGGCUUUCAGCUCCUGGCCCAUUGA